AUGUCUUCUUCUCAGUAUCCUUCAGUUCUCCCUCAAGAACUCCUCGUAGAAAUUUUGUCAAGGGUUCCAGUGAAGGAUCUCAUGCGAUUCAGGUGCAUUUCAACAUGGUGGAACCACCUCGUCUUCGAUCCUUCAUUUGUUAAACUGCACCUUCAAAGGUCUUCCAGAGACACUCACAUUCUAUUAACCUUCAGAGACUACGAGAACGAUGAAAGCAGGUAUUGUGCCGCACCGUGUUCCACACAAAAUUUAAUUCACAACCCAUCAUCCACCAUUGAUGUGUGCCACCGAUUCAACCACGAUUGCACUAUCUUGGGUGUAUGCAACGGCUUGGUUUGCUUGCAAGAUUCUUACCGUGGAGAUGAAUUUGAAGAAUACUGGGUCCGGUUUUGGAAUCCAUCCACAAGGGUCAUGUCAGAUGAUUCUCCACACAUACGUAUUCGUUCCAGUCAUUAUAAGUACCCUUAUUUGUUCAUGUUUGGGUUUGGCUACGACGAUUGGAGUGGCACUUACCAAGUUGUGUUUUUGGAUAAUAAAUCACAGAAAAUGGAGGUGAGGGUUUAUUCUUUAGGUGAAACUUGUUGGAGAAAUAUUUUAACUUGUGAUGCUUUUCCCACUUUGAGUGUCCAUGGGGCUUACGUAUGUGGCAGUGUAAACUGGUUAGCACUUCCCAGAUCCAGUUCUCGUUAUCGAUGGGAAACUGUUACCAUCAACGAGUUAGAAAUUUUUUCUUACGAUCUGAACAACGAGAGAUGCAGUUAUUUGUCUAUGCCUGAUGGUCUUUCUGAAGUUCCUCCUGAUGUGCCUGUGCUUGAGGUUUUGAAGGGUUGUUUGUGUCUUUCUCAUCAUCAAGGGACUCAUUUUGUUGUGUGGUUAAUGAGGGAAUUCGGAGCUGCAAAAUCUUGGACACUGUUGCUGAAUGUAAAUUAUGAGGAUCUUCGUAUUCGUGUUCUUCAUGGCUUACCAACUCUUCCAGUGAUUUUGUGUUGGUCUGAGAAUGAUAAUGUUGUGCUGCUUGCAAGCUACGACAGUGCUGAAUUUAUUCUAUACAAUAUGAGAGAUAAUAGAAUAGAACACCAUGAACUUUUCAAUGACGACAAGUUUUAUUUUUUCUCGUAUGAUUAUGUUGAGAGCUUGGUUUUGCCACGUCUGAAUUAA